AUGUGUAAAUCAACUAAAAACCUUGAUCAAGUUUCAACCUUUGAAAGCGACGGUAAAUGCUUUGCCAGAAUACCAAAAAAAGACAUCAGGUCUGAAGGACCAUUUGACUUGAAAAAGUUGACGGCUACCGGUCGAUCCGACUUACAGGAUAUUGUGACAAAACUGGAAACCUAUGGUAUGUGUGUUGUCAAAAACUAUUACUCUGUGGAAGAAUGCGAACAGAUUAAAAAAGAACUGGAACCAUAUUACAUGCGCGACGAAUCUUGGAACGGCUCACCAUUCCCAAAACAGACGACAGUGGCUCCCAGAUGUGCUUUGAUCUCUGAAUCUUGUCGCGACAAAAUUGUGUGUGACAAUUUGUACUCCGAGCUUUCUCACCAUUUCAUCAGUGAAUCAAACCUUUUGUGGAUUGGUGAAGGCUUGCGUCGCGGCCAAGCCGGCUUUCAGCUGAACUCCGGGAUUGCCUAUCGAGUGGGACCGGGUGCUGGUAACCAGAUGUAUCACCGCGAAGACAUGGUUCAUCACAAUGUGCAUCCAAGAAGAGACGCAUACCACUACGGCGAUGACACACAUUUAGGCAUGGCUGUUGCAUUGACCAAAAUGAACAAAAAAAAUGGGGCCACCAGGGCCAUAGUUGGAUCACAUCUGUGGGGGCCACUUGACGGUCCUGGAGAUUUUGACGAAAACCUGGAAAUCCACUUGGAAAUGGAUGAGGGUGACGUCAUGUUUAUGCUCGGCAGUGUGUACCACGCUGCAAGUGCCAACAGCAGCGACAGCGAGCGUAUUGCAGCCUUUUUUUUCAUGAACAAAAGCUACUUAAGGCAAGAGGAAAAUUACCAUAUUGACCAGAAGCCAGAGUCUUUCCGAGACAUGUCUUUGAAAGCUUUGACGCUGAUGGGAUUGCAUGUCAGUGAGCCGUUCUGCGGCCACAUCGACUACAAAAGUCCUGCGUUCCACAUCAAUCCCGAACUCGAGGAAGUCGAGGGCAAAGGUAAGGCAAAAUACUCGCAAGUAUUGUAUCCAGUUUUUGAGCCCUCCAAAGAAAGUCAGAAAGCGUAG